GCUCUAUUAUCACUUGUCAUAGUUCAUGCUCAAGUCAACGAUGUUGCCAAACAUCUGGUUAAUCGUACAUUAACAGCGUUGUUAGAACAUAUGGCACGAGAUUGUCUUGAAGCUUUUCAAAAAGUAGAGAGAUUCGGUAUGGGUGGUAUGCUUCAGGCUACUCUUGAAAUUGAAUUUAUGCACCAAACGCUAUCCCAAUAUGUAAGUAAAGAAGCUCAAGAAACGUUACAACUUAUUUACAACACUAUUGAACAAUUAUACGAUACUACACAAGCAACUGGCAAUUUGGAUUUAGAAUUAAGUAGUGUAAAACAAUUAUUAGUUGAGA